AUGAGCCACGAUAGCACAUACGCAGAGAUUCUGCUUGCCGGCGCCUUCGCUGCCUUUACUGUUGACUUACUGGUUUACCCUCUCGACACGAUCAAAACCCGUCUGCAGAGCCAGGACUACAUCAAGACCUACGCUUCUCCCUCUUCACCGGCGACGCCAUCUGUGUCAUCCGCCACUGAUGCCGCCUUACGCCGCGCCAUCCGGUCUCCCUAUGCCCUACGCGGUCUCUAUCAGGGCGUCGGCAGCGUUGUUGUUGCGACGUUACCAGCCUCUGGUAUAUUCUUCAGCACUUAUGAGUCAGCAAAGCUCGUAGUAGGCAAUGUGCUGCCAAACGCGGUGAAUGGCGGCAAGGCACCUCCGGCCGCUGUCGUGCACUCGUUAUCGUCCGGCAUAGCCGAGCUGGCAUCGUGCCUAGUUCUCACGCCGGCCGAGGUAAUCAAGCAGAAUGCACAGAUGAUCCAGAGGGCUGCCACCGCAUCUGCCGCCACGACCACCACAAUCCCCAAAACAUCUGCCAUCAAACCAUCGAUGAGCAGCUCCCUGCAGGCGCUACAGAUGUUGCGCAACGCAGAGGGAGGCGCUUCCCGACGGCUGCUGUCCGGCUAUUCGGCGCUUGUUGCCCGCAACGUGCCGUUCACAGCGCUGCAGUUCCCCAUGUUCGAGGCCAUGCGCGUGCGCCUGUUGGCACGGUGGAGCAAUGACUAUGAACACGGCGGUGGUAGCAGCCCUGACCGUGUAGGACAACUGCUGCUAGUAGGCGCAGCCAACGGCUUGAGCGCUGGCGCAUCGGGAGCCGUGGCUGCCGUGGUCACGACGCCGUCAGACGUGAUCAAGACCCGCAUGAUGCUGUCGGCAGGAGCACAUUCCGACAAGCAGAUGCAUCCCCAACACAAGAACGCCCUGCAGCUGACGCGGCUCGUCUACCACGAGCACGGCAUGCGCGGCAUGUUCCGCGGUGGAGCGUUGCGGGCAGCCUGGACCUUUGUUGGCAGCGGUCUCUAUUUGGGCACAUAUGAGAUGGCCAAGGCGUGGCUGCGAAAUGGGCGCGAAUCCGACGAUGCCGGAUUGUGA